AUGGCUCCCGUCCCGGAAGCCUAUUUCCCGUCCCUGGACAAGUGCUUCUCUGGGGACGUUCAGCUUUUGUCCUGGAAGAGAGCCUUCCUCUAUACGUGCAAUCCCGACAGCGUCCCCGAUGACACAAGAAGUCUGUUCUCGUUUCUGUCGCACCCAGACAGUGUCCAGCUUCUCUCGAACCGCGACAACGUCUUCCGUCCACCGUCCGCAAAGACCAAAUCCGACUUUGAGACAAAGACAGCUGCAAUUCAUGCAGAGACAACUACACAGGCCUCCUACGAUUUGAAGGAGAUCAAGGCGGACGCCCUAUGGUUGAGUGAAAAGGCCGGAAUCGAUGAGAUCAACGCGCUUCGAAUCGUAGUUCUGGAAUGGCAAACCCGUCCUGCUACUCGCCUUCUGGAUCGCUUUGCCGAUGAAGAGGCUACGAGUUUGAAAGGCGCAGCUGGGAUUGAUAAUUUCCGUGCCUCGUUAGCUGGGCCCAGUUUUGCCGAAAUUUUCAGCAAGAGGGAUGGAAACAAUACCACCGAAUUCGCCUCUGAAGAAAAAAGACGCCUGCGAUUAAGGGAGUUGUUCCUGUCCGAAAAAACCCAUAUUGUCAAGACCGCCCGCAAGCUGUUCUCCCUGUUUUUAGAUGGCGAUACUGAGAACACGGCACCUCAACUGCAGGAGGGUAGCCGCAGGGACUUGUGCCAAUUGGGCGCAUCCAUCUUUAAAGACCAGUCAAGUAGUGAUGGUUGGCGUGACUUUUCCCAAGGAUGUAUCAAGGCCAUCAAGGCACGACUCUCAAGUUUAGAAGGUGACGGUGGCUGGCUAGGGACUGCCGAAAGCAGUGAGGCCAUUGAAGAUAUGUGGAGGACGGCCCUUGUCGAAGAAAUUUUGCAUCUCCUGCAGACACUGUUCCUUCAACUCCAAGCGUCUACAGAAAUUCCUUCUGCAGACCUUUUCUUGUCUUGGCUCCGUCUAAUGGUUGACUAUGCCUUCCUCGAAUCCCUUCAAGCACCAUGCGACAAUUCGAUAGAAUUGCUUUUGCCUCUCCAGGCAUUUGUUUGUUUGAUCACUCUCGUCUUCCUGAAGCUCCCCCUUUCCAUACCGUCGAUUAUCAGCAAAAGAAAUGGCAAACCCGCCUCUGCAAAAACACCUUAUUUCCUUUCAAGGGAAGAUAUUGGCCAGCUGAACGAGAUUUUCACGACGACCGGAGUGGCGUCAAAAACUGCGCGUCCGGCGGCCUUUUCGUGGGGUCUUAUCUUACAUACCAUGGGGGAACUGGCGCUAAUUGACAAAGAGACCCGGGAAUUGGAACAGUUUCAAAGCGCUGUGGAUUCUUUCCAGUCAAAUACUCCCCAUUCAAAUGCUGGUCGGGCAUCAGAGACAUCGCUUUAUGAAGAAUUACUCGAGAAUGCACGCACUCCUACGUAUACCGUGGACGAUACAAUCGCACUCCUCACCUCGGAUGCAAUGAAGAGUACUGUCUUUGAUACCGUCGUUUCCCUUGCCGCCAAACUUGGAAACACCUCUGCUGUUGAUGAUAUUUUGACAAGUCGCUGGAUCCGAGUAUCGCUCUUGGAUCUCAUCCGGGCGGUGGUCGUAUACUUGGAUUAUUCUCCAGAAAUUGUUGAGUCUGUGCUGGCAAUUCUUACCGGACCACCUGCAGGAUCCCCAUGGCCGUUGACUACUUCGCCAGUCGAUUCUAGCGACCCGAAGAGUAUUUUCAUGAAGGAUGAUUCGUUAAUGAACCCCAUCUUUCGGUUGGCUCGCUCACGGUUCCCCUACGAAACGGUACCAUUUAUCAAGCUGUGUCGCGCUCUCCUAAGUAAGGAGUUGAUCAACGAAGAAAGUCUCCCUGAAAUCCUCGGGGAACUAGAGAACAUGGAAUCUUUCACACAGAUUAUCCCCGGUGAUUUCCAGGGCUAUGAAACAAUUAGGGAAGAUGAGAAUGCGAAUCUAGUUAGCCUUAUUCGACCCCUUCCUAUGAUUACUUCAACUUCACGAAGACAGAUACUUGACCGUCCCACAACCAGUAACGCCCUCAUUGUUACUGGUUCAUCCCAGAUUCCAUCGGCAACAGUGGGCCAAAUUGUUUCUGAAUCAAAGCCUGCUGUGGUAAUGUGGCAACACCAGUACUCCUGCCUAAGCUACCUUGGAAGCUGGCUAGAGGAGUGGAAUGAAAACGGGGGCUAUUCAGCAGAAUUCGCAGAAGAGUCUGUUGCCGAAACGAUAUGGCUACUUGCGGACCUUCUCACCACGACUACAAACGAUCAGACACGAAACAACCCCGAUUCCCCCGCGAAGAGGAUCUUGGAGAUGGCAAGUGAUGGGCUAUGUCGCCAAAACGACAUUGUUUCCCUUGUUUUUGACAUAUUUGAGCGUAAUUUACAGAGCAUUGGUUCUAGAGCAGGCUCGGAGAGUGUUAUGGACUCGACAGUCGCUUGCCUGCGCUUUAUCUAUGCACUUAUCGCAGUGCUACCGAACAGGGUAUGGCCGUUGCUGUCCCGGAGCAGUCUGCUUGGGUCCGAUGGUAAAGGCGGCAUGAUGACCGCGAUAAUCUCUGCUGCAGAAGUGACAUCGGGAGAAUAUCCUUUCCUAAUUGGCUGCGUCCGUUUAUUUGAAGUUGUUGCUGAUGACGCCGCCUCUCGUGCUGUCUUGAGAAGGUGCCCUACAGGCAAGGCCGGGGUUGUGUCUGACUGGACUUCUGGCGUCCCCUCUCAUGUCAUGAGAGGUAUUUUACUCAACUUUGUUCGCACGAUGGUGGAGGUGUACAAUAGUAACGCGAAUUGGAGAUUCAACGCUCCAGAGCACCGAUUCGAAAUCAACACCAUGAUAGCGAAGACACUUGAAAGGAUCCUUUAUUAUGCAUUUGGUACAAAUGAAGAUGCCACUACCAAAUUAGAUUCUAGGAUUACAGGUGUCUUCUCUUCUUCGGCAACAUACAUUCUAGAGGUUCUCCGACCACACUCCGUGGCUGACUUGCCUUUCAAUCCGAUUCUCCGACUUAUCAUCGACGGGCUUCAAACUCCCCCCACCAUAUAUCUUCGAUUUCUGACCUUGGUGGAAAAACAGGUUAUCUCGACCUUGGAGCUCUCGACUAGACUUUUGCAGGCCGCUCAGCUAUUGGGCCAGCCGCCGUCCCUUCUGGAAGACCAGCUGUUCAAGGCAACUCCCGUUCUUGUGAAGCUAUAUGCUCUUCAUUAUCCUUACAGACUAUCUGUCCUAUCGCUGCUGGAGCCACUGAUAUCCGGGGCAGCUCUCGAUGCCGCGAAUGAACCACCGUCAUUAGUUGGUCACCUGGGAGCUGAAUCCUCCUGCCUUUUCCUUGACGUUCUAUCACAAUUCGACAAACCUCUAAGUGACCAGGACUUACAGUUGGCUGUAUGGCGUUUGCUGUCGACUUUGGUCAGCAAGCGCCAACAGUGGCUUGCAGUCUAUAUUCUGACUGGGUCUUCUCCCCGCCAAUCCUUAAAAAAGUCGGAUCCGCAGAAUAGCUCUGCUAUGAGAGGAACCCCCUUCUUGCAGAUGGCACUUGAUAUGCUUUCUGAUAUCGAGCAGGCUCCUCUUCAGGUGUCCCUCUCUUUACUUGAUUUUGUUUCUAACGCACAAGAGAACUGGCCCUGGGCAACCCCACAAUUGAAGAAACAUCCCAACUUCUUCUCCAGCCUCGUUAAUUAUGUUUCAAAACUAAAAUUGUCGGCACUCUCCGGCGUCGACCAAAUAUUUGCUACAAGGAUCGCCGCCGUAAUCGCUGAUCUCUGCGCCGUUUACUUGCACUCAGCGAAGGAAAUGCAAGAUCGAACCUUCUACAAAACCCUGAUCCCUCUGGUUUCCUGGUAUGCGAAAGAUGCAGUGGAAGUAUCUGGGUACAACGCCUCCCUUCAUGCCAAUCUUAAGCGAAACUUUGAGAACAGGUAUUCCGGAUGUAAACUAGACGACUUUAAGAGGACGUCGUUGCGACCUCGCUCCCUGGGACGUGAGUAUUACUACGAUACCCGGCUAGGGAAAAAGCUCCUUUCUUAUGAUUUUGCUUGGGCGGGAUCGCGGAAUCAAGGGUUUGCGGAGGAGUUCGAACGUGCCAAUCUUAAUCUAUCUCUAGUCGAGGCGCAAGUGAGUCUUCUUCGCAGCUGGAAGUUCUUCGCAGUGGAGCACUGUUCAGACUUCAUGACAGACCGUGAAGUUCAGAAGUCGAUGGCAGAGGUAGUCAAAAAAUGCCUGGAGGCCAAUACAAACGGUGUUCCACAGGAGGCCAUUUUUGAACGCAUCCAGCAAACUCGAGUUGACUUCGCACAAGCCCUCCUCCAACGAUUGGUUGAGAUUGGAGCUAAGGGCGCGGAUGUUUUCAGCCUCCUCGGAGUCGUCUGGGAGGCUCUCCGUACUCGUCGUGCAACGUAUGAAGAGGCGUUGAUUAACGAUGAUUCAGAGUACUAUCGAUCACUUCUCAAUGUGCUCUUCCUUUCCCUCCAGUUUCACCUUGACAGUCCUUCCCGAACCGCGCCUGAAACUCUCAGCAAGAAGGCAGAGGUUUCAUCCGAUCUUGGACUGGUGGUAGAGAUUGUGAAGACGGUAGUAGCGCAGGGAUUCAAGUCUUUGACCGCAUAUCUUCACGACCAGCCCCACAAAUGUACACCGAAGGACUUCGCCAUACUCACGGCGAUUCUACAAAGCUCUCUGCAGGUGAAGAAUGUCGAUCGCUUAUAUGAGCACAUUGUAUACCAUAUCGCAGACAACGACACAGUAAGACAUGCUACAUCGCUUUUUUCGUGGGCGGACCAACUGGCCGUCGCGGGCGACCCUAUUUACGGCGAGCUUAGCAUCUCGUUUCUAGCGAAACUGUCCACGAUACCCAUGCUAGCAGAACAUCUUGCGGUGGAAGCGGCUCUCGCCCAGCUAACUACAUGCCGAUUAACAAACGUCCUGCGUCAACCCAAGGGAUUCGGUCCAUUUGACCCCGUACCGAGGUUGUACGCUAUCUGGACCGGCGGCAUUCUCCCAUUAUGCCUGAAUCUCCUCUACCACGUUAUCCGCACUGCGCCCGAGGUGGCCGCAUUCCUCAACCAAUUCGAAGGGCAGCUCACCCGAGCAGCCGAGUCGUUUACCGCUGGACGCAGCGCUUUUCCUUCACCUUCCCGAAGGAUUUGCUUAAGCAUGGCCUCCGAAGCUUACUCCCUCGCGCUAAUCUCGUACAUUCUCGGUCGGUUCCGAGAAGCGGGAUCUAGCAUUGGGGUCGAUGCGCAGUCAAUCCAGGACCUCAGAUGGGACAAGGCGCAGGUCAAAGAAGACAUUGAAGAACUGCUAGAGCGGAAGCCGACUCUCCGGGCACGGAUUGUCGCGACUAAUGAGAAGGAGGCGGAGUUGGCGCGACAGAAGCCGGUCAACGCUGCAUCGGGGGCUGAGAAUCGAUUAGAAGAAAAAAUUAUCAGCGAGCUGAAAGCAGCUCUGGUUUGUCUGGGGGGAGAAGGGGCGUAA